AUGCGGUCAGAAAUUAUCGUUGGCGCAGUGGCCGCUCUGGUCGGAGGCGCAUCUGCUCACGGAAAUAUCACAUCUCCUCCCGCACGCCUCCCUGGGCCGGCGAUGCAAGCUGCAUGCGGUGCGCAGGCUAUCUCGAACGUCGAGUCAGAUGCUACAAUCCCACUUGAGGAUGUAUUUGGGACGACGGCGGCCUGCCAACUUGACCUGUGCCGCGGUGCAAAGUUCGAAGACAACGUUGACCUGGUGCAAUCCUUCACACCUGGACAGGUCGUUCGGAUGCAGGCUAUCAUCCCAAUCCCCCACGAGGGACCCAUGAACGUGUCCAUCGUGGAUACGGCAACAAACACCGUCGUCGGGGAUCCGCUUAUUGAAUUUGAAAGCUAUGCGGACGAGAGCCUGGCGGCAUUGCCGGCAAACAACACAAAUUUCUCUGUUACGAUUCCCCAACUGGCUGCCGGACAGUGCACGCAAGCUGGUGAUUGCGUGUUGCAAUGGUUCUGGUUCGGCACUGCAGCGCAACAGACGUACGAAAGCUGCGUGGACUUCGUCUUGGAGUGA